UUAAAAAAAACAAAACCAUGCUGCAGUGAAUAUCCUUGUACAUAAAUCUGCACACACCUAGAAGCGUAUCUUAAAAUAAAUUCCUAGGAGAGCUAUUGCUAAAUCAGAAGAUACCAGUAUUUAAAAUUUUGACAGCUAGAGUCAAGGUCUCAUUAAAAUAAGAUCAGUUAUGAUAAUUGUCCUCCAGAGAGAAGAAUUGCAUAAUUUCCUUCAAUAACAAUUCAUUCCAGUAUCCAACUUGCUUCACAAAUAAAAGGGAAGCAAAACUUAACAAGAGCUUCCCUCUCAAACUUUCUAUUUUAAAAAAAUUGUGUGUGUUCUGGUGGUUAAUACUUUAAAAGUCUUGCUUCCCUUCAUAAUAAUGCCUUAGAAAAUGUAUGUGUUGUCACUCUUUUUCUAGAAUUAUGUGCAGUUUUUCACAUUAACAGAUGAAUCCUUAACUCUGAAUCUAUGCUACAGUGUGCAUUCAGCCAGUGGGGCUUCUUGAUGUGAAAUAGACAAUAUUAGCACUGAGCCACCAUUAACUACCUAAUUCUGUGUGUUUAAAUCUGUGUGUUUUUCUUUGUAUGUUGAAGUAUCAGCAAAUAUUUGUGCAAUUCUUCAUAAAAAUGCUUGUACAAAAUAAUACUUAGGUGGCACUGGCCACAUUAUAAAAUUAAGAUUCAGAAAAGCUCAGAGAAGAUGACUGAUGUAGCAACACUGCCAGCAUUUAUUUUCUUUUCAGCCCUGUACAAUUUGAGAUUGGAUUUCAGUAUGAACUCUGUCAAAGGAACAGACAACAUAGUACUUUUUAUUUAGAAUGGCUCUGCAUUAUGGUGAUAGGCUUUUGACUUAAUUUUUUUUAUAUCAAACCUUGUGUUUUUAGAAUGAAGUAAGGCCAUUAUUCAGAGGAUGAUAACCUGGAUUAUAUUUGUAUAGUCAGACUGAAUCAUUGCAAAUGCUGCGCAAUAUUUUUAUCAAAUAACAAAGGAAAAGAAAAACAUACAGAUGUUUAAUAAGGAAAAACUGUCUUAUAGAAAGUACCAAAGAGGUUACAAUAGCAGAGUUUAAGCCAGUUUUGUUUUUUAAAUAUCAUGUACAUAGAAAAGAGUUUAACGUUAGUUUUCUUUGGAUAGUGGAACUCUAAGUGAUUUAAAAAUUUCUUUUUUAAAGAUUUUAUUUUUCCACAAUGAACAUGUGGGACCUUGCAAUUAAAAAGCCAGUCAACGCUCUUUAAAAAGAUAGUUCCAUGUUCCUCUAGCUCAGAUUUUCUGUCUUCAUGAAAGUAUUUCGUCAUUAACCUAUUACUGUUUUCUCCGGUGCGUCUGCUUAUUUGUUUGCUUCCUUGCUUUUGUUUUUUUGUUUUUCCUGAUCGUGAUAGAGGCUGGUCUUCUUCCCCCUGUAGGUAUGAAAACCAAGGAGUGAAUUUUCAAGAAGAUAAAUAUGAUUUACAGCAUCCCUGCAUUUCUACACAUCUUGCAUUUGUUAGCUCUUGUUAUUUGCUGGAACAAAGCCAAUUACCACUAUUAUUUUUUUGUUUUUGAAAAGUGCGUUUCAAACAACAGCAGAUAAUACCCAGAAUGGGAGUGAAUGACUUGUGGCAAAUUUUGGAGCCUAUUAAGCAACACGUCCACUUGAGCAGCCUUUGUGGGAAAACUAUUGCUGUUGAUCUGAGCCUCUGGGUAUGUGAAGCACAGGCAGUCAAAAAAAUGAUUGGAAUAGUCGAAAAGCCCCAUCUCAGGAACUUAUUUUUUCGUAUCUCACAUUUAACACUAAUGGAUGUAAAACUGGUAUUCGUUAUAGAAGGGGAACCCCCAAAGCUGAAGGCUGAUGUCAUAAACAGAAGGAAUCAGACUCGGUAUGGGUCUUCUGGAAAAACUUGGUCUCAGACAACAGGGAGAUCACAUUUUAAAUCAGUGUUAAGAGAGUGUGUUGAAUUGCUGGAAUGCCUAGGAAUUCCCUGGGUCCAAGCUGCUGGGGAAGCUGAAGCCAUGUGUGCUUACCUCAAUGCCAGUGGUUAUGUGGAUGGCUGCCUCACCAAUGAUGGAGAUGCUUUCCUUUACGGCGCCCAGACUGUUUAUAGGAAUUUCACUAUGAAUACCAAGGACCCGCAUGUUGACUCUUACACAGCGUCAUCCAUCAAGAAUGAGCUGGGCUUGGAUAGAGAGGCGCUGGUCGGCCUGGCAGUGCUGCUCGGCUGCGACUAUCUCCCGAAGGGAGUCCCUGGAGUUGGAAAAGAGAAAGCAUUAAAACUUAUACGGAUUUUGAAAGGACAAAGUUUACUUCAGAGGUUUACUCAGUGGAGUGAAAAACCUUGUUGCUCUAAUCAACCACCGCUCACUCCGUUACUGGCCGGUGGCUCUGUGUGCGCGCGUCCAGGUUCAUCUGAAGAUCACGAAAGUAAUGGAUGUAAGUUAUGUCAAACUGAUGGAUAUUGUGAACCACAUGAUUAUGAAUACUGUUGUCCCCGUGAGUGGCACCGAACAGAGACUGAUAGGCAGCUGGCUGCAAUAGAGAACAGUAUUAAGAAAAAAGCUUGCAGUUGUGAGGGAUUCCCAUUCCACGAGGUUAUUCAGGAAUUCCUUUUGAACAAAGAAAAAUUGGCGAAGGCCAUCAACUACCAAAGACCCGACUUAUUAUUGUUUCAGAGAUUUACUCUUGAAAAAAUGGAGUGGCCCAAUCACUAUGCAUGUGAGAAAUUGUUGGUACUUCUGACCCACUAUGACAUGAUAGAAAGAAAACUUGGUAGAAGGAACUCUAAUCAGCUACAGCCAGUUCGAAUUGUUAAAAACCGGAUCAGAAAUGGAGUUCAUUGCUUUGAAAUAGAAUGGGAAAAGCCUGAACAUUAUGCUAUAGAAGAUAAACAUGGAGAAUUAGUUCUACAAACAAUAGAAGAAGAAUCACUAUUUGAAGCAGCUUUUCCAGAGAUUGUUGCUGUUUACCAAAAACAAAAGUUAGAAAUUAAAGAGAAGAAAAAGAAAAGCAUGAAAACUAAGCCUAAAGAAAACAAUUUGCCACAAACAGAUGACACGAGUUUUCAGUCACUCAUAACUUUAAAACCCACAUGUGAAGUCUCUUCUAAACAGAAUUCCCAGUUAAAUUUGGAAACUUUCCCUGAUUCUGCAUUACCCCAGGAAUCUAUUUCUGCAUCAUUGAAUAGCUUGCUUUUAUCUAAAGAUGCUCUCUAUUUGAAUACACAAGAACAAUUAAUAUCUUCAAAACCUUUGGCUAUGCAGCAAAUUAAAGCUGUUGGUAAAACUCUAAUUUCAGAACCUAGUCAACCAAAUAUCUCAUCUCAUAAUGUCUCAGCAAUUACUGAUUUACACUUGAGCACCAUUGAUUGGGAAGGAACUUCUUUUAGUAAUUCUCCAGCUAUUUCAAGGAACACUUGCUCUCGUGGUUUAAAAUCAGAACUUGAAACAGCCAUCCCUCAUGGCUUUAAACAUAUCCCAGGACAAUUGUCAUAUGACUCAGAAUGGUGCACCACAAACAUUAAUAAAGUGUUGCACUGGGAUCUUCAGAAGACUAAUCCUGAAGAACACCAACUUUCUGGCUUUACUGAUUUACAUCUGCAGGAUUUGCCUUUAAAAGAACGAAUACUUAUAAAAUCAUCAUGUCCUCAGGAUAAUGUACAACUGGAUGUAGACCUGAAAACUCUAUCCCUACUCACAGUAAAAGAACCUUGUAAGGCUAACAGUAGUUCUGAUUGUCCAUCACAUUUUUCAAAGGAUCUUCUAGGAACUUAUUUGCAGAAUGAUUCUAGGGACUCUAAAGUUGUAAAAGGAGACCAGCUGUUUCAAGAAAACUGUAAAGUGAAUACUUCUAUACCUUCCUCUGUCAAAAACAUGAUGGUAAACACCUCUAAUGUUAGAGUCAAGCCUCCAAAUACUUCUUUACAUCAGAGUAGAAAAGUUGAUUUGCAAACCACUCAGAAGAUUGUAAUGAAGAAAAGUGUUUGCCGUGACAGAUACACCUCCGAUGAAGAAAGUGUCCCAGUGUUUGGGAAAGCUAAGAAAGCAACUGAAAAAGUGAAGCAGCGUUUUCAGAAGCACGAACCAGACCAAUUCAAGAAAAAUGAUGCCAACAAAUUGAGUAACCCUAAGAUUCAUAUUAAAGAAACUGAACAGUAUGUCCAGGCUUCUAAAACAGCUGGAAAUGAAGACAGCUAUUUCCCAGAUGCAAGCAAAGGCUCUCUGAGUUUGCUACAGUGUCGUAAGGACAAAAAUGACUCUGGUACUUGUUUGGAUAGCCCUCCUCCUUUAAGUCAGAGAUUAAAACUGAGGUUCCAAAACGCUUGAAAUGAAAGUAAAAAUGUUUAAGUGUAACUUAAUAUUUUAGUACCAUCAGCAUUAGCAGAGGCAGAGGGAAGGUGUCUAGUUAAUGUUUGGCAGAAAAAUGUAAUGUGGUUCUAUAUGUCGGGAGGUACUUUUACCAUUUUAAUCAAAAUUAUAAUUUUAAAAAGCUACCUAAGACUUUCGUUUUAAAAGAUAAUCAUUGUGGUGAAAACUGUAUAUAAUGUAUAUAUUUAAAACACACUCUUGCCAUUUUUUAUAUCUUUAUUGACUAUUCUUUAGUCAUAGCUUUAAAGUGUUAAUAUAGUACUAGAGUAGAUGCUUCAUGUGUCUGCUCAUUUUUACUUAUUUCUUGCACAAGCCUCUAUUAUAUUUCAGCUUGUUCCCAAGAAGAUAACUCUUUAUAAUUGCCUGUAAUCUUGCAAUGUCUUCUGUUGUGCCUUUUAUGAGAGUUAUAUUUUCUUUCCAUCUGAAGAUACUUUUAGGAUGCCCUUCAGCUUUGGUAACUCGAUUCUCUCUUCUGAGGGAAAGAAUGGAAAAAGAAGAAGAUGCUCAGUAUACAUAGUAAAAGCCAUGGCUGUCAUGUUGCAUAAACUAAGGAAAGCUGCUGUUUUACAUAUCCCCAGAAGUUAGCAGGGGUGCUAAAUGGAAAAAGAUUUGAAAAAAUACAGUGUGUAAUCAGAAUAGAAUUAGAAAUUUGCUCAGGAUCACUAAUUAAUGACAGGAGAAUCAGAUAUCUUUCCUCUUAAUUUGUUGGGAUUUUUUCCAUUUUCAUUUUCUCCUAUAGCACUUUUUUCUUUCCCUUUUGUUUUAAAAAUGAAUCCAUAUAAUAUUGAGUGUAACAUCUCCAAAUAUUAAGUUGUGUAUUCAUAUAUCAUUAAGAAAGUCUUGAGGCAAUCAGAUUGGAAAGGAAAAAGUAAAACUAUUACUAUUUGCAGGUGACAAGAUUUUGUAUAUACAAGAUUCUAAGGAAUCCACUAAAAACUACUAGAACUGAUAACUGAGUUCACCAAGGUUGCAGGAUAUAAGAUCAAUGUACAAACAUCAAUUGUAGUUUUAUACAUCGUCAGUGAGUAAUACUAAAUGAAGAAAAUACUGCUUACCAGAGCACUAAAAGGCAUAAAGUAUGUUGGAAUAAAAAUUUAACAAAAGAAGUACAAAAUGUGUACUCUAAAAACCACAAAAGUGUUGAAUGAAAAAUUUUAAAACCUCAAAUAGAUGGAAAGACAUUCAUGUUCAUGGAUCAGAAGACUUGAUAUUAAGAUGGCAAACUAACAUAGACUCAAUGCAGUCCCCAUCAAUUACAGCUGAUUUCUUUGCAGAAAUUGACAAGCUGAUUCUAAAAUUCACAUGGAAAUUUACUGAACUCAGACUAGGCAAAGCAAUCUUGGAAAAGAGAAAUGGGAGGACUUGCCCUUCUCGAUUCUGAUUUCAAAACUUACUACAAAGUACAUUAAUGAAGAAUUUAUUGUCAUGGUAUGAAGGUAGCCGUGUGUGUGUGUGUGUCAGUGGGAUAGAAUUAGGGUCUAGAAAUAAACCCUCACAUUUAUGUUCAUUUGAUUUUCAACCACAGUGCCAAGACAGUUUAUGUACCAGCAGAUGCUACUGGUACAACUGGAUAGCCACAUGCAAAAGAAUGAAGUUUCAUCCCUACCUUAUGCAAUAUACAAAAGUACUUCAAAUGGAUCAAAAACCUAAAUAUGAGAGCUAAAGCUGUAAAACUCUUAAAUUAAAACAUAGGCAUAAAUCUUUGUGAUUUUGGGUUAGGAAAUGAUUUCUUUGAUAUGGCACCGAAAGCUCAGACAACAAGAAAAAAAUGUAUUCCAUAAAAACUAAAAACUUUGUGUUUCAGGGGACACCAUAAAAAAAAUGAGAUAACCCACAAAAUAGGAAAAAAUAUUUACAAAUGUAAAUGUGAGAAAGGAUUUCUAUUAAGAAGGACUUGUAUAAAGAACUCUUAGAGUUCAGUAAUAAUAAGACAACUUAAAAGUCAGUAAAAUACCAAAAUAUGGUCUCUCCAUGCAAUUGGCAAUAAAAAGAAAUGAAGGACUAAUAAAUGUUACAAUGUGGUGAACCUUGAAAACAUGCUAAGUGAAAGAGGCCAGUCACAAAAGGCCACAUGUAUGAUUCCGUUUAUAUGAAAUGGUCCAAAUAGGCAAGUCUAUAAUCUGUAGAAACAGAAAGUAGACUCCUGGUUGCCAGGGGGCAGGGGUGCACAUUCCUCGCAAAUGUGGUCCCUGAACGCCAGCAUGGUUCACAAGGCUGGGCAGCCUCGCCCCAAAACGUCUCUCCAGCUUCAGCUUCAUAGAAUCACAGCCAUGAGCCUUGGCUCUAGCUAUCAAAGGUCACUUGUUAGCCCCUGAGCAGAUGUUCAUGCCUUUGCUCAUGAAUUUCUCCCUCAAAUGCCUGCUCCUUCCUUGUUAGCUAGACAAACUCCUCUUCCUCUGUUAAGGACCAACUCAGGUUUCCUAAUGUUCAGCAUAAACAUGAUCUUCUCUAAGAAAGGUUUAUAUACCUCCUUAUGAAUCCCUUCUCUUUCCUAUGGACUUCUAAAAUAUCUGUUAAUAGUUUUGUGUUGAGUGAUUUGCAUUUUGCCUCAGGCACCAGGCUGUGAGCAUCUUGUAUUUCUGAAUCUGUAGCCCCUAGCAGAGGGUCUGGCACAGAAAGCCUUCAUUGAGUGGGUGUUGAUUGCCUGGUGGUGGAUUUGGGGGUCUUAGUUCUCCCAUUCUCCAUGGAGAAAAAUCAAGUCCAGUUGGAUGGUUCCCUCCAUCAGCUUGAUCACUCGUCCCCUUUUGUCACUUGAUGCUAUGGUGAGAUGCCUUGCUUUCUGAAGGUGAAAGGGCUAAAUCAACCACUCACUAUUCCUGUUAUACUGGUAGCACUUAGGGUAAAACAGCUUAAAUAAUAUCACUGAAGGCAGCCUCCUUUCAUCUGCAGAUUAACGUGGCAACAUUUAUCACCUUCUUAGCCAGGAAAACCUUUUAUCAGGCUCAGCUAACAGCUUGCAUUAGCCCCUUUAAAGGACUUGCCACAUUGCCUUUAAAAUGACACGCUGCAGUCAGCCCCAGUAAUAGUCAAAAAAAGUGGGACCUUGAUUGCCAGAAUGGAUUAUUUAUCCCCAAGCCAGAUAAAUUCAAUAAAUUGCCUGUUUGGCAAUGGAGGAGAGGGUCAUCAGCAAAGCAGGCAGACUCUUCUGUGGUGAGAAUGACUGAAUAUUUUGCUAAUUUUUGGAAGAAUUCUUUUGUAAGCACCAAAACAAAACUUUAAUAGGGAUUAAGUGUCCAAGCUUCCUCAGCAUUAUUCUGUGCCAAGAACCCAUAAAACAAAAUGUUGACCUCCCCAAAUGGCAGAAUCUGCCUGUGUAUUUAGAAUUCUCUGAUGAGAAAGCUAAUGAAUUCAAUACUG